CUUGCAUUAUUCACGAUCAUAUAAUACUCUGGUUGCCUAUCAGGCACAUUCCACAUAAGGCAAAGUCGUUUGGUGUUUUGCAGCUCAUUUUGUCAGGGAAAAUGGUAUGUUUUCGCCAAAAAUGACUUCGAUAAAGGAGCUCUMUCCGUCGUACAAUCAAGAGGAUUUUCUAGAGCUGAAAAGCCGACUAAAGCCACUUUUCGAAGCGGACCCUUCCAAGGCUCAAACCGAUGCAUGCCUAAAACGUUUCUUACGAGGAUUUGAAGAUGUAGACGAAGCUUGUAAGGCGCUUCUGAAAUACAUCAAAUGGAGGGAGGACUAURGAGUAGACUACCUCAGUAACGAUGAUGAUGUUAUGCGUGAGGUAGACACGGGAAAAGCUAUUGUCCUUGAUUUUCCUGACAAAAGUCACAGACCUAUCAUAAUAGURACUGCAAGACUACACGAUGCCAGAGAAAGAGAUCUUGACGUCAUAACUAAAUUCAUUAUUUAUACUUUGGAAUGUGCGACCAGGAAAUGUGACGAAAGCAUCAUUGACAACAUAUGCAUUCUAUUCGAUCUCAAAGAUUUCUCCUUUUACAACAUGGACUAUGGAUUCGUAAAGCAGUUGAUUUGGCUGCUGUCAAGGAGAUUUCCUGAAAGACUUGGACAUUGCCUUCUGUUGAACGCACCUUUUAUAUUCAGUGGAUUUUGGGCUAUCAUACGGCUUUGGAUCAACGAAGUGACAUCAAACAAGAUAGUCUUCAUCAGAGACGAUAAUCACCUCUCAGAGUUCAUUCCGCUGGACAUCCUACCCAACUCCGUGAUAUCAUAAUGACGUCAUCCCAAAAACUCCCUCUGGCGUCAUUAAAAAUUUUUUUUGUUCAUUCAAUAGGCCUUUGCAAGCAGAACUCAGUUGCAGUGACAAAUUAGUUAACUUCUCCCGACUUUUUUUUUGUACGCUUGUUCAAGAUAUUUGAUAUUUGUGUAUUAUAAAUUAUUACUUGUUCUGAACUGGAUUGACCAUCUUUGGUCUAUUCUUGGAUAGCUAAAACC